AUGAAGUGCUGCAGAGUUAAGUUGCAUGAAAUGGUUGAUCUACCGGGCCUAAAACCGUGUUGGCUAUUGUCCAGAAUUGUAUUGAUUGGAUCGAUUAUAUGCCUAAGAACUAGUUUCUCUAAUAAUUUACCAAGUUGUACAAGGCCUGAGAUUGGCCGUGACAGUUUUGACGAUAAUGAUAGUGAUCCGAUAUAUUGUGUUGAAAAUGAAAAUAAUAGCGAUUCUCAAGAGUCGUCAGAUGAUGAGGAUCAAAUAGAGAAUCAAAUUUUACCAAUAUCUAACAAUAGCCAAUCAAAUUGGAAUACAGUAACAGGUACUAAUCAAAAAAAUUUUAACUUUACGGGAAAUUCGGGGCCAUUAGUCAUUUUAGACGAAGAUAUUGGACCUAUGGAUUAUUUUAAAUUGUUUUUAACUGACAAUAUAAUUGAGUUAAUGGUCAUUGAAACAAAUAGAAACGCUCAACAAUUUUUAAAUACUCAAACAAUUACACGUGGUAGUAGAUUUUCAUUUUGGCAACCAAUAAACAAAAAUGAUAUGGAAAAAUUUAUGGGACUUUUGAUGUGGAUGGGACUCGUAAAAAUGACUUCAAUAGCUGACUAUUGGAGCAAAGCUGAACGUUAUAAAAAUGGUGUUGCACCAAAAAUUAUGAGUCGGAAUAAAUUUGAACUCAUUCUUAGGUUUUGGCAUUUUGAGGACAAUGAGACUGCUGACAAAACCGAUCGCCUAUACAAAGUAAGAAAAUUACUUAAUAUGGCAAAUGAUUUAGUAAAAAAUAUAAAUAAACCUGGAGAAAUAAUCGCGGUAGAUGAAUCUAUGAUACCUUUUCGAGGCAGACUUAAAUUUCGGCAGUAUAUCCCAAAUAAAACACAUAAAUAUGGCGUAAAAUUUUUCAAAGUAUGUGGGACUAAUGGAUACACGUAUAAAAUUAUUAUAUACGAAGGAAAACAAUCAAAACCCGGAGAAGCGUUGAGUGAAACAAUAGUAACUUCUUUGUGUGAAAAUUAUCUGAACGAAGGACGUACUAUUGUCACUGAUAAUUUUUAUACGUCUGUUCCACUAGCGGAAACACUUUUAAGGCAAGACACUCAUUUGGUUGGAACUCUUAGAAAAAAUAGACGUUUUUUACCAAAAACAGUGAUUGAAAAAAAAUUGAAAAAAGGGGAAUUUGUCGGUCUGGAAAAUAAUUCUGGUAUUGUAGUAUCUAAAUUUAAAGAUAAACGUGACAUUCACUUACUUUCAACGCGACAUCAAUUAAAUAUGACAAACACAGGGAAGAAAAAUAGGAAUCAAGAAGAUAUAUUAAAACCAGAUAUCAUAUUAUUCUAUAAUGCUGGAAAAGCAGGAAUAGAUUUAUCGGAUCAGUUAGCGUCGUACUGCACUCCUAUGAGAAAGAAUAAACUCCUUGAAUUAAAACCUACAUCUUUACGUGUUUCAAAUUCUGAAAAACCUCUUGAAAAUAGAUUUCAAAGACGACAAAUAAUAAAACAUAAACUCGAAGAGACAGAAGAAAAAUGUUCAAGAAACAGAAAAAAAAGAAAAAGGUGUAUUGAAUGCAAUACAAAAUUUUCGAAUGAACUAGGAUACAAGGAAGCUUUGAACAAGGCUAAGAAAGUAACAACCUUUUGCAGUCUUUGCCCAUCGAAACCAUCGACCUGUUCGACAUUUAAAGUGUCGAUGUUAAAAAGAUCAGAAUUAAAGGUAUUUUUAAUAGCGAUGAGUACACCCCCACCACGAAUAAGUGAGCUAGUUUUCUCAUUUCUAUCACAACGAACUAUGAAUGACUCCCAAGACAUACGUGAAUUGUUGGAUUCAAGUUUUCUAAGUCCAACCAGUUCAUAUAAUACAGGGUAUUUAAUGAACAGUACUCAAACAUCAAAUGAAACAAUUGAUGAUUCUUCUAAUAUUUCUUUUGCUUCAAGUUCUAUAUCUUCAAUUGAUAUUAUUCCAUUGUCAACAAACAUUUCUGUUUCUAGUUCAAAAAGUGCAAUCAAACGGAAAUUGUUAAAUGAUACUGGGGAUUAUAUUUUGGUACCUCGCGAGGGUAAAAGUGCAGUAUGGAAAAAAUUUCAAACAGUCAUGUUUUUAAAACCAAAUAUACAAAACCCGGAUUCUCCUGAUGAAGUAUUAACUGAUUUUGUUGCAUGUAUCAAUUGCAAAGAACUCUAUGGAAAAAACACAGGAACUGCUUCAUUGAACAGACACAAAUAUAUUAGACCAAUGUCUGCUGUUAAUGGUGAAGGUUUUAAGAGUUUUAGUCAAUUUCUAUUGGACACUGGUUCAAAUAUAAAAAAAAAGUUGUGUGCAUCAACUUGUGACAUGUGGACAGACAACUAUAGAAAAAACAGUUACAUGUCAAUAACAUUACAUUAUAUUGAUGAUAAUUGGAAACUUAAUAAUCGCUUACUAAUGACUGGCCAAUUUCCCAGUUAUGAAACAAAAUUUGCUAAUGAGUUGAAUGAUGAUUUGAUGUUCUAUGUGACUUUUGUUACUGACCAAGGUGCAAAUAUGUUAAGCACACUUAGAAACUACAAUAGAAUGAAUUGUUGUGCACACUUAUUAAACACAGUUUUGCGAAAUUUGUUUGAUUUAAAAUUUUUGGAGCCAGAAGAAGAAUAUGGUAUUAAACCUUUGGAACCCAUUUUUUUAAAUCUAUUUAAAAAAGCCUCUGAUGAUCUCGAGGGUGACAAAUGUCCAACUAUCCACAAAGCAAUUUUAUACCAACAGUUUCUAAAUAAGCAUUUAAAAAAGUAUGCUGAUUUACAGAUCAAUAUGUGUAAUAAUGAUGAAGAACCUACAAUUAACUCGAUUUUAAAGAUAUUAGGGAAACAAGGAUUAAAACUUUUGGAUUCUAAAUUCCAAUUGUUUAAUGAACAUGAAAUUGCUAUAUUUUUGUCACCAAAAUUUAAGUCAUUAAAGAUGUUUAAUGAAAAUGAUAAAGCUCGUAUCUAUCAAAAUAUUGAAGUUAAACUAUCGCAGAUCGAACCAGAAGAAAAUAGUGAAUCAAGUAAUCUACUACUAGAAGAAAGACAUGUUCCUCAAAAAUCUUCAGAAAGUACACCGUUCUCAGAAUGGGAUGCUGAGAAUGAUCCUGAACUUUCUGAUAUAAAAAAUACCACGAUAUAA